UUCACAGAUCGUUACGUGCACAUGAUAUGGGGGCAUUGUAAAUACGGAACAGGGUCAUGGAGAAAACUUGAGUCGUGUGCGGUUAUUACUAGUUGUGAGGCUUUGGGCAAUUUAAUGUCUGACCCCUUAGUUUCCACAUAUUUAAACUUUUACUCAUGGGGUUGUUAUGAGGAUGAAAUAAAAUAAUACACAAGAAAACUUGAAGGACAGUGCUUGGCAUUUAGCAUUAAAUAGUUAGUGCUUCCAAGUAAUCCAAUAUUAAGUACCAGCCACGAGCUAGGCACUGGCGAUAACAAUGGUGAGCAAAACAGGCUAAGUUCUUAACCUUGGGAGGAGGGAAGCCUGCCUUCUUGGUCAGACGUGAAAACUAUACAUGUUUACAGAGACAAGACACUUAAUGUUAAUGAACGAAGUGUGGAGUCUGGUGGAUUGGAAAGUGUUGCCAUGUAGGAAUGAAUGCUGGCUUAAAGCUAUGAGAUCAUCUAAUUUUCCAAGAGAAUCUAGAAAUUAUUAUUUUUUGUGAAAUUUCUCAAUUUAAAAAUUGUAGCAGUUAAUUAAAAAAAUUAAAUGCUCGUGUGAGGUUAAUGUGGCCUGAAUUCAGCCCUCUCCCUUCCCAUUUUGCAUCUUCUGGUCUAGUGGGAGAGCAAGACAGGACAUUAACCAAGUAAGGAGCAAAAAAAGUAAAAUUGUAACGGGUAAGUGAUGAUGAAGGAGAGGGACGGGGUGCCAUAAGAUCCUGUAACAGGAGGAUUUAACCUAACCAGGGAAACCUUCCCAGAUGAAGUUGCUAUUGAGCUGAGAUUGGAAGGAUAAGUAGAUGUUAACUAAAUGAAGAGGGAAGUGAGGAAUGUUCUAGGUAGCACAGAACAGCACAUGGAAAGGCCUGUGAUGAGAAAGAGCAUGGUGAAUACAAAAGGCCUGAAAGGCCAGUGUGACUGUGGCUAAGGAUGCCAAGCCAGGUAGCUUGUGGGAUAAGGCUGGAAGAGGCAGGCAUGGGCUGGAGCCGGAUUUUACAGAUGACUUUUAAGCAUUUUGAUUUUUAUCUUAUGAUCUGUGGGAAACCAUUGAAAAGUUUUAAGUAAGGGAAUGACAUGAUUAGAUUUGUUUGAUUCUGACUGCCAUGUAAAGAACAUACUGUAGGGGAACCUAAUUAGAUACAGGGGUACAGUUAGGAGGUUUGUAAUAAUCCAGGGCUGAGAUGAUGGUGAGCUAGACUAGGGUGGUAAGAAGUGUGUUGUAUUGAUGUAAUCUGUUACCUCUCAGUGACAAAGUCAGGGUCAAUGACAAUGGCUUAUAUUUGUUUCUCUAAUGCUUAGAAGAGUAUCUGAAACAAUAGACACUUAACAGAUAUCUGUUGAACUAAAUGAAUUUCUGCACUUCAAUAAUGGAACUAUGUUUUAAUGAAUCUUAAUUAUAUCAGAUUUCAGAAUGGAAACUUUACAUAUACAAAUUUUCAUAAUUAGAGUCAUACGAAGACAUUUUUCUCUGCCAUGGUACUUUCUUUUCUGCCUUUAUUCUUGUCUGCUCUAGAGAGCAUAAGCCUAUUUAUGGAUAUAUUAUAAGAUCAAAAACAUUUUACUCUAGAAAGUAAAACAAAGUCUUAAGGCAUGUACUAUGUUCUUGAAGUAAAGUUGUUAACCAUGUUCACAUGUUUUUUCCUGCAGGCAGGAACUCGAUGUCAGGGAUUUUUGUUAGGAAAGACAAUCUGUAGUAUCCUGGUUGAUUUUUUGCUUAAACAGCAUUUACUAUACAUGUAAUUAUGUUUUCUUUCCCUUCCUUUGUGUUGUAAAAGAAGCCACGAUUCAUGUUUUUUAAUAAGCUUUUUCUAUGUAUCUGCAAGACUUUAUGGAAUGCUUAAUUAAGUGCAUGGCACUGAGAUGGCCAAGUGGCUCCUCUGAAAUUAUAAAUAUAAUUUGUUAAGGGUAAAAGUAACUGUUCUUUUUGUUAUCUGUGAGUAUUUUCUCCACCAGAUCAACAAAUCAGAGAAGCCGGAAAGCUGCGAUAAUGUGAAGGUUGUUGUUAGGUGCCGGCCCCUCAAUGAGAGAGAAAAAUCAAUGUGCUACAGACAGGCCGUAAGUGUGGAUGAAAUGAGAGGAACUAUCACAGUACAUAAGACUGAUUCUUCCAAUGAACCUCCAAAGACAUUUACUUUUGAUACUGUUUUUGGACCAGAGAGUAAUCAACUUGAUGUCUAUAACUUAACUGCAAGGCCUAUUAUUGAUUCUGUUCUUGAAGGUUACAAUGGGACUAUUUUUGCAUAUGGACAAACGGGAACAGGCAAAACUUUUACCAUGGAAGGUGUUCGAGCUGUUCCUGAACUUAGAGGAAUCAUUCCAAAUUCAUUUGCUCAUAUAUUUGGUCAUAUUGCAAAAGCAGAAGGUGACACAAGAUUUUUGGUUCGAGUGUCUUAUUUGGAAAUCUAUAAUGAAGAAGUUCGUGACCUUUUGGGCAAGGAUCAGACACAGAGGUUAGAGGUUAAAGAAAGACCUGAUGUGGGAGUUUAUAUCAAAGAUUUAUCAGCUUAUGUGGUAAAUAAUGCUGAUGAUAUGGAUAGAAUUAUGACACUAGGGCACAAAAAUCGUUCAGUUGGUGCAACUAAUAUGAAUGAACACAGUUCCCGUUCCCAUGCCAUCUUUACAAUUACUAUAGAAUGCAGUGAAAAAGGUGUGGAUGGUAACAUGCAUGUCAGGAUGGGGAAGCUCCAUCUUGUAGAUCUUGCUGGUUCAGAAAGACAAGCAAAAACUGGAGCUACUGGUCAGCGCCUAAAGGAAGCUACAAAAAUCAAUCUUUCACUUUCCACCCUUGGUAACGUAAUUUCUGCCUUGGUUGAUGGAAAAAGCACCCAUGUGCCUUAUCGUAACUCUAAAUUGACUCGUCUUCUUCAGGAUUCCUUAGGAGGAAAUUCAAAAACCAUGAUGUGUGCAAAUAUUGGGCCAGCAGAUUACAAUUAUGAUGAAACUAUCAGUACAUUACGGUAUGCCAACCGUGCUAAAAAUAUUAAAAAUAAAGCUAGAAUUAAUGAAGAUCCAAAGGAUGCUUUGCUUCGUCAGUUUCAGAAAGAAAUAGAAGAAUUGAAAAAAAAGCUUGAAGAAGGAGAAGAAAUAUCAGGCUCUGAUAUCAGUGGGUCUGAGGAGGAGGAGGAUGAAGAGUGUGAGAUUGGAGAAGAUGGAGAGAAAAGAAAAAAAAGAAGGGGCAGUAGCAGCAGCAGUAGUUCAGACUCCACAUGUUCUGUCAUAGAGAAACCUCUGGAUAAGUUCUUGCCUAAUCAAGCAGGUAAAAAGAAAGUUUCUCCAGAUAAGAUGGUUGAAAUGCAAGCAAAAAUUGAUGAAGAGAGGAAAGCACUUGAAACAAAGCUUGACAUGGAAGAAGAAGAAAGAAACAAGGCUAGAGCUGAAUUAGAGAAACGGGAAAAAGAUCUUCUUAAGGCCCAACAAGAGCAUCAGUCUUUGUUGGAAAAGUUGUCUGCUCUGGAGAAGAAGGUCAUUGUUGGUGGUGUUGAUUUGUUGGCAAAAGCUGAAGAACAAGAGAAACUUCUUGAAGAAUCUAAUAUGGAACUGGAAGAAAGGAGGAAAAGAGCAGAGCAACUUCGCAGAGAACUUGAGGAAAAAGAGCAAGAACGUUUGGAUAUUGAAGAAAAAUAUACCAGUUUACAAGAGGAAGCUCAGGGAAAGACGAAGAAAUUAAAAAAAGUUUGGACUAUGCUGAUGGCUGCAAAGUCAGAGAUGGCUGAUCUCCAGCAAGAGCAUCAGAGAGAAAUUGAAGGCCUACUGGAGAACAUUAGGCAACUUAGCCGGGAGCUUCGACUUCAGAUGCUUAUUAUUGAUAACUUUAUACCUCAGGAUUAUCAGGAAAUGAUUGAAAACUAUGUCCAUUGGAAUGAAGACAUAGGAGAAUGGCAGCUAAAAUGUGUUGCCUACACAGGAAAUAACAUGAGGAAGCAGACUCCAGUACCUGAUAAAAAGGAGAAAGAUCCCUUUGAGGUGGACCUUUCCCAUGUAUACCUUGCCUAUACUGAGGAGAGCCUACGGCAGUCCUUGAUGAAAUUAGAAAGGCCGCGGACUUCAAAGGGGAAGGCAAGGCCAAAGACGGGGAGAAGAAAGCGUUCUACAAAGCCUGAAACUGUGAUUGACUCUUUACUUCAGUAAAUAUUACAGACUUAAAGUCACAGUAAAAAUUAGUGAUAUUCUAAUGCCUGGACAAAAUCUUUAAAACAGUGAAGACUUGUGUAAUUUCGCAUAAUGGAAGCUGUAAAUUGUUAAGUAAGACCAGAAAUAAUAAUUUGCCUGAUACCUUUUAGUCUAUAUAACAUAUUGGACUUAUUAAAAUUGUACAACUGAUGGCUGUUCAAAUUGUUAUAUUACUCUUCAGUUUGUAUUGUGCAGGGAAGAUGGGGGAGCAGCUCAUAUUAUAGAGACUUGUGGUUUGAAUAUACUCAUGAAUCUGUUAGCUAUUUACCCAACUACUUUAUAUGUAGAUAACUAGAAUUUCAAAAUAGAAAAAAAAAUUGUCCUGUUCCGCACAUAGAAACUAGCAGUCUGAAUUGUCCUGUGUUGCACUGUUAUAUUUGAAUGUAUGGGCUGCAUAUCCAAGAAAUUACUCCAUCCUCACACUAACUGCCCUGUCUGUUUAAAUGUGUCCUAGCUUUUAUACUACUAUAGCCACUACAUUUUAAGUAUGAGAUGACUGAUCUUAUUGGUCUUCUGUAGAAAAUUUUCUAAUUUGGCAGUCAAUCUUUGGAAGUGUUCAGGUUUUUUUUUUUCCUUUGCUUUGCUUUUUAAAAAAGCUGAAAAUCUCUUUCAUCUGAACAUCUCCUGAUCUUUUUUGCUACUUUGAGUUCAAAUCAAAUAUACUUUUUUUAUUCUGGUUUCAUUUUCUCUUGAAACAUUGAAUUGUACCAAAAUAUAAAGGAACCAUAGUUGUGGAAAAGUAAGAAUCUAAAUGCCCGUCACUUUACCUUUGCCUUUUUGUGUAUUAUUUUUUUUUAAUUCACUUCAAGUGUGGCUAAUGGCCACUUUCCUGUGUCUGAGUUUUAAAUUUUGAUGAAAAUUGCUCUGUACCUCCCAAUUGAGAAGGGUCUCCAUUUUUCAGAAAAUGCAACUAAGUGAGAAAGAUAUCUUCUAAUCCCCAGCCUUUAAAAUACUUUUUUUUAUAUUCUAUAAAAAUAUUCUUCCUUUAAUUUCUUCCAUUGACGAAUCCAGUUAAGACUAUAUUCCUAUAAAAAUAAAAUUUCUAUUUAUUUUAUAGUAAAAUAAGUUGUAAUAGAACUGUGUGUUCUUUUAUUUGCUACUUAGUUUUUUUGUUUUUUUUUUAAGUUUUGCUGCUCCUAAACCACUUAAUAUCUCUUUCAUGAGUUCUAAAAUUAUGUGCUCAGUCCUGAAACACAUUGGUUGCAAGUAUUUUGAGACAUCAGAGCUAGUAUUUUUUAAAUUAAUGCUAUUUUAAUUAGUUUGGUUAAAUAUUGGUUUAUAAUUACAAAGCUGUGAAUAGAAUGGGGGUGCUUGACGGGAGCAAACUGGUGAGGUGGUGGCAAAAAUGUGCCCAUAAAUUUAAAGUACAUUCUGGAGGUAGAGUACUAAAUGUCUUGUGUAUGGUGAGUAUUUUCUAGGUCAUAAGAAUUGCAUUUAAUUAUCCGCAUUUUCUUUUUAGUGUGUAAAAUAAUGAAAAAUGUGUAAUUUUACUCUGUUGGCAUUGUUUUGGUGCUGUGGAGACUUAAGAUGAAUUUGUGUCUUGUAGAAGCUUUGAGUGAGCAGAAUAUUUUGGCAAUUAUAAAAUGUUUUCAGUAACUAUUAGUAAUUACUCUCAUUUCCCACUAAGAAAAAAAAAAAGUUUAAUGCUUCUUUUUUUUAAAGUCCAUCUUUCUAGUCUUUAACACUCUAAUUAAUAGGAAAGGAAUAACUUUUGAGUUAAGCUUUAAAACAUUAUAGAAAAUUUAAGCCAAUAUGUUGGAUUUUUUUUUCCUAUCCGACCCUCCUGUAAUAAUAAAAAGAAAUCUAUAAAAAUACAAAAUAUUGAGAAAUUCUUUAAAACAGACUGUUUUUAGCAGAUCUUUUAGAAAAACAUUUAUGUUAGAGCUGAUUAUAUCAGGAUGGCAUUACAUAUUCAUCUUAUGAGAUACCAGAAUUAGAUAUUCAAGCCAGGCCUGAAUAUCCAUAUGGAAAUAUUGGACAUUGACAUUAAAGUUAUCCAUUUAACUCUGAUCAUAGCAGUUCUGUGGUUUCUUCGUAUUUAUUGUGUCUUUGUCCACAAAUGAAAUGUUUUGUGACUUCAGUGUUAAUUUCAUGAAGGGAUAUAGAUGAAUACACUCGUUCAUUAUUUGAAAAAAACAUGCAGAUUCAAAAUGAGUGGCACAUACGUGUAAAGAGUUUAUUGAAUGGAUAUUUCUUCUUUUCCUUUUAAUUUAAAAAGUAAUUUAUUAUUAAAAGGAGCAUUGGUAGAAUGUUAUUGUUUUAUAGUAUGUUCUUUAAUAAACCCUGUAAAUUGCAUAUAUUAAUACUUAGGUUAUUAAAAUAUCAUACAUAGUUUUCCCCAUUUUUGUUUAGAUUAUUGUUAAAUAUAAGAUUAAUUAAGGGGGUUUUACAUCUAUGUGUUUAAGAUUAUAAUUUUGAUUUUCUGUGUGGGUUGUUUUGGGGUGGGUUUUUUUGUUUGUUUUUGUUCCUUUUUAGUCUAUUUAAUACCUCUUUCCUCUUAAUCCUUAUUUUAAGGAACCCCCUCUCUCUCCUACAAGGCUGUGAAUUAAGAAAUGGGUAGGGUUUACACUUAAGCACACCAGUGUCUAACCCGAUUUCUUAAUAUUUGUUUCUUAAAACAAAUGUUUUCCUUUUAAAUUCUUUGUUCUUAGAAUGCUAGAAGAAAACAUAGAUCUUCCUAGUGCCUUUGAAUUUGUACUGUAGUCUAAUUUAAUCAUUAUUAGCUUCAAUAGCAUUACACUACUGUAGACUGGCCAAAAGUACAAAUUAUACAAUGAGUUUGUUGUGUUAAUUUCAAAAGCCACACUUUCAUUGUAUUUUAUGUAUAAACUGUAUUUGUUUAAGUUGUAUAUAUCAGUAUUGUCUGUAUACAUGCAGCAUGGUUAUAUACGAAAUAAAAAUCUUUAUCUAA